UUAUUGUUCUAGUUAAAUAAUACGCAGAUAAUACACCAUUCGAGUUGAUAUUAAUAAUUAAAUUUGCUAAAAAUUCAUUUAAUAUAAUAAAAUACAAUUGAAAACAUCAAGAUAUAUUCUAUUAAUAUAUAAAUAAACAAUAAAUAUCAAAAAAUGUCUACAGCCGAGGAUAAUAAUAAAGCAGCUGAGCCUGACAUGACCUUUACCAAAGAAUUAAGAGCCGCUACAAAAGAAGUCCAUAAAUUAAGUGAUGUCUUGGUUAAUGCUAAAUUUGCAUUUGCUUUAACUGAUGAUUCUGUUUGGUAUGAUGGCCUCUUAAGUUUUUAUGAAAUUUAUAAGUUCUUCGAAACUAAUCUUCCAGAAGAACUGCUACCCAAAGAACUUCAUCGUACAGCAGCCUUUGAAAAAGAUUUUGUUUAUUUUUAUGGUGAAAAUUGGAAAGAUAAUUAUGAAAUUCGUCCAGCCGUACGUAAAUAUUUAGAUCAUCUUGAACAGGUUAAUAAAACUGAUAAAAUGUUACUAUUCGCUUAUGCCUAUCAAAUGUAUAUGGCUCUUAUGUCCGGUGGACAAUUGUUGCAAAAGAAACGUAUGGUAGCACGUAAAUUAUGGCCGGGCAGUAAAGAUGCUACUUUAGAAGAAGAGGAAAAUAAUGAACAGUUGGAACAACCUUCAGAUCCAGAUGAUUUAACAACACGACCUAUGCCAGCACAAGUUAAUAUCUGUCCCGAUGGUUGUGCAGCUACUUAUUUCCCGGAAAAGAUUUCCGUUUUGAAAAACAAAUUAAGAACCGUUCUAAACGAAAACUAUGGCAAAUUUGAUGAACAAAUGAAAGCUGAUUUUAUAGAGGAAAGUAAAAAUGUUUUUCUAUUUAAUAGUGAUGUGGUACGUUCCAUUAAAGGUGUAAAUCGUGCUAAUUUACGUAAAUUAGCUAUUGUUCUUGUCUUUGUUGUGGGAGUUUAUUUGGCUAUUAAAUUGGCAAGACGUUAAAAACUUGCAUAUGUAUUUAUUGCAAAAAAAUACACAAAUAAAUUUGUAAAAUUUUUAAAAGCAAAUAAAACUAUUUAAAUAUAUUAACCUGACAUAGAAAACUA